AUGACCUCCCCCUUGCCAGCGUUUAUGACGGCAUACCUGCAUGCACUCAACAAAUCGCUUAAGGUCAUCAUCCUUUGCAGCGUAUGGCUAGGGGUUUCCAUACCUCUCCUGUUCGCCCUGUUCUUUUUUUCUACCAGCCGCCUUCUCCGCCAGCCAAUCUUUAUAUUCAAUGUGGUCUCUAUCUGCAUCGGAAUUACUAUGGGGUUACUAAAUAUACAAAUACUGGUGCCAUCUCUCGUUGAACCACUAGUACCAGUGGAUCGGCACAGUGUCCUGGCCUAUACUUUUUUCAGUGCUAGUGCCCCCAUUUUGGUGGAAUCUAUCCUAAUGUUCAGACUGUUUGCGGUCUUCCCUUAUCGCCAAACGCCUAAAAUAAUAUUCUUCUCCAUCUUCAUACCGCUUGGCCUGCUCAAGGCAGGGCGGCUGGGCAACCUGAUCGAGUUCAUGGUCACAUUUUCGGGACUCAUUCGGAAUGCAACAACAACUGAGGAGAUGGGCGAACUCUCUUUGAGGCAUACCGGUCCCAAAGUAGAGUGGUUCCUUCAAGUCGUGGAUAACUCGUUUGCAUCUGUCCUAUUUUUGUGGCGUCUGAACCUCAACAACUCGCUUUUUCCAACUGGCACGGCUGCAUCAGCGCAACCCAGAUCUUAUUCCAGCAGGAUCCGUACCUUGUUCUGGAUCGCGGUAUCCAAUUUUAUCUUCCCAGUGAUUGUCAGCAUCACUUUGCUCGCCCUCUACUUCCGCGAGGGGGACUACCUCAAGUGCCUUAUGUUCCUAAUUUCCAACGCCUACAUCGAGAUUAUCGGUGUUCUGAUGGCAACGGUAUGGUCUGCAAGCACUCAUUGGCAAGGAUCGGAGAGCCAUCCCCCCAACUCCUUCCCAGUCGCCCGAUUCGACGGCAACGGAGCAAGCGGCAUUCCUACGUCGAAAACCCACUGGGAAGCAUCAAAUGCCCGUCCAUCUACCUCGUUUCCAGUCGUUCGCUUCGACGGCGACGGGCUUAGUAUUCCUACUGCAAAGGCUAUUCAACCUUCCCCUCGCGAAGAUAUUUAUGGAACUUUGGACUCUUCCGAUCCCUUUGGGAUAUACCGGCCGAGUACUAAAGAAUCGGCAUAA